AUGGGCUGCGCAAACACAAAGCAUAUAAUUGUACCAUCAUCUAAAAAUUCGACCCCAAAAUGAAGUGAAAAACACCAACCUCCUAAAAUAACCGCUCUUAACCGCACAACUGACAUAGAAGAGACCAUGAUUGUAAUCCCAAUCUGACCAAACAGCCUAAUGCAAAUAAAUAUAGUUACUCUAACCCCUACAUUGAUAAGCAUUUCGCAUGAAAUCUAUGGCGAAUGUGGGAUCACCCCUUUAAAAGAAAACCAAAUUAUGCUGGCGGGCGGCAUUAAUUGCUUGAAUAAUGAAGAAGUGGCAUCAGUCCUUAUCAUUGAUUUAAAAACUAUACAAGUAACUAUUUGCGAAAAUAUGCCUUAUCCUAAGCGGAGAAUGCGGUUAAUUGAAAAGAGAGAUACAAAUGAAGUUUUCUGUAUUGGAGGAAAUAGGCAGAUAUUUAAUUUCAAUAGCUACGAGAUUGCUUAUAAUAGGAGCUUCUUAAAGUACUCAAUCGACCUAAACAAAUGAGAAGAGUUGGAAGACAUCCCUAUUGGAGUAGAAUACCCAGGAGCCUAUAUUCUAGGCCAUUUAGUGUUUGUUACUGGGGGUGCUAGGGUGGAAUCUGGAGACUUGCAAACCAUUGACUUGAUACAAAUUUAUGACCUCUCAGAAAAAAUAUGAAAGUCUACUGAUAUAAAGUUGCCUUAUCCUGUGUAUUUUCACAUCGCCAUGCCUAUUGAUUCUUUGCAUGCCCUGGUAUUUGGAGGGGCUAGCGAAGAAGAAGAUAUAAGUGAAACCUUGCUGAUUUCUCAGUUUGGGUAUGAUAGCAUCGCUGAAAUGCCUUGUGGAAUUUCUCCACUACUUCCUUAUUACUCUGUCACCUUUGAAAACUCAAUCUACACAGCUAAUGAUAGCAGACAGCUUUUAUGCUUUAAUAGAAGUAAGAGAGAGUGGAAACAAUAUGAAUUUAAGGACGAAAAUCAGUAA